UAAAGUAAGUGCUGUGGCGCAACGCAUUUCAUGCAACGCAACGACGUAAGAAGAUUCCAUUCGCGUGCCUGGACUGAGAUCCCACGCCCAUUCCUAAGCAACGAAAACAACUUUGUCAAUUCCGCGUUUAGAGAAUAGUCGGCGAUUGAGAACUGUUAACAUCUUCAUCUUCUUCCAGCCGCUUCGUACAUUUGUGAGCCCACGGUCUCUCUCACAUUCAGGGAGCUGCAAUCCUGCAACAGUGUUGGAGACGAGAUGGUUUUGCAGGUCGCGGGGAGGUCAGAGGGUAAAGGCUAUUCACCCAGCAUCCUCGGUUGUAGAAUACACAGCCAUCUUGGAUCUGCGGGGAGAAGAGAAAUUAAUGCGGUGACAAACAGCAUGUUUGGUGCUUCAAGAAAGAAGUUUGAGGGGGUCGAAAGCGACUACCACGAUGACAGCAUGUACUACAGCCAGUCGUCCAUCUUCCCACCUCAUCGGUCAGAAAAAGACAUGCUGCAGUCUCCAUCACCAUCAACGUCAGGUCAACUGUCUCAGUUAGGUGCAAGUUUAUACGGCCCACAAAGCUGUGAGCGCUCCAUAAUUGAAGAGGCAAGGUGGGAUGCCCUGGCGAGGGGGGAAGCAGGUGCACUAGGUGUCCAAAUGAGGGGGAUGAACAACAACAACCCUCAGUUAAAUCGCAGCUUAUCACAAGCUCCCCAGUUACCGAGCCAUGUAACUCCGACGACAGGAGUGCCGACCAUGUCUCUCCAUACUCCACCGUCACCAAGCAGGGGCAUUUUGCCCAUGAAUCCCAGGAAUAUGAUGAACCACUCCCAGGUCGGGCAGGGAAUUGGCAUGCCAGGACGGACGAACAGUAUAAGCAGUUCAGGGUUAGGCAGUCCAAACAGAAGCUCACCCAGCAUAAUAUGUAUGCCAAAGCAACAACCCUCUCGGCAGCCCUUUACCAUAAACAGUAUGUCUGGAUUUGGAAUGAACAGGAAUCAGUCGUUUGGGAUGACCAACUCGUUAUCAAGCAACAUUUUUAAUGGGACAGACGGGAGUGAAAAUGUGACGGGGUUGGACCUCUCAGACUUUCCUGCACUAGCGGACAGAAGUAGAAGGGAAGGAAGCGGCAAUCCAACUCCGUUGUUAAAUCCAUUGGCAGGGAGGGCUCCUUAUGGUGAGCAUUUUUUUGAAGUUGGGAUGGUAACAAAACCAGCAAGUGAACAGUCUCAAGAUUUCUCCAUCCACAACGAGGAUUUCCCUGCAUUGCCAGGCUCCAGCUAUAAAGAUCCUACGUCAAGUAACGAAGACAGUAAAUCCAACUUGAACUCUUCGAGCAAGAAUGCGUCUAGUACGGAUGGACCUAAAUUCCCCGGGGACAAGGGUUCGACUGUGCAAAACAACAACCAGCAGAAGAAAGGCAUUCAAGUGUUACCUGACGGCCGGGUGACUAACAUUCCUUCAGGGAUGGUAACGGACCAGUUUGGAAUGAUCGGAUUGUUAACAUUCAUCCGGGCAGCGGAGACGGACCCUGGAAUGGUACACCUUGCAUUAGGAAGUGACCUGACAACACUAGGUCUCAAUCUCAACUCUCCAGAAAAUCUCUAUCCCAAAUUUGCAUCUCCAUGGGCAUCAGCACCUUGUCGACCUCAAGAUAUUGACUUCCAUGUUCCAUCCGAGUAUUUAACGAACAUUCACAUAAGGGAUAAGCUGGCUGCAAUAAAACUGUCCCGAUACGGAGAAGAUCUUCUUUUCUACUUGUACUACAUGAAUGGAGGAGACCUUUUACAACUUUUAGCGGCGGUAGAGCUGUUCAACCGAGACUGGAGAUACCACAAAGAAGAGAGAGUGUGGAUUACCAGGGCGCCAGGAAUGGAGCCAACAAUGAAGACCAAUUCCUACGAGAGGGGGACGUACUACUUCUUUGAUUGUCUUAACUGGAGGAAGGUAGCUAAGGUAAAGGAGUUUCACCUGGAAUACGACAAACUAGAAGAAAGGCCUCAUGUGCCGUCAACCUUCAACUAUAAUCCAGCUCAGCAAGCCUUCUAAAAGACUUCCCUGUUCAUGGGGUAUGGCUGUCUCAGCACAUUACUCACGGAAACUGCAGAAACUGAUGCGGAUCAGGCAUCCUGGUUUUUAUUCCUUGAGGAUCUGGCAAUUGACUUAGGCAGAGGGUUCACCAUUUAGAGGGUCCUGCCUUACUAGCUGUGCUGCCCAACACCCAAAGCCUGUAUUAUUAUUAUUAUUUCCUUUUAGUUUAAGCAGGGUCUACAUUGUGUUUACACCUCUGGCAGACCAUAGACUGUCAAAAGGCAGGAACACUGACACCAAAAUAAAAGGUUUAUGCUUAAUUUUUCAGAGUGUUAAAGAGAAAAAGAAAAACAGAAAAAUGCAAUGUUUACUGUAGCACUAUUUGGUAAUAAAAAACAAAAAUUGUUUGUGCAUUUUUUUUUUUUUUUUUUAAAUGUGAAGAUCCUUCUCGUAUUUUGUUUGGAAAGAAAAGCAGCCUGUAGACCUGUCUUUGUUUUUACUCCACUCUCCUCCCCAUCCCAAAUCCUUCUUUUUUCAAAGGGCUUUUUCUGCCUAGCUUAAUACAAGACUGUUUUAAGUGAAAGUUAUUGCCACAGCCUCUGGAUGGUUCUCCAGGGUUGUAAUUUACUGAGCUUCAUCUUUCCAGAAUGAGCAAACACUGUCCAGUCUUUGUUACGAUUUUGUAAUAAACGUGUACAUUUUUUUAAUUUUUGGACAUCACAUGAAUAAAGAUAUGUAUGUACGAAUGUGUAUAUAUUAUAUAUAUAUGACAUCUAUUUUGGAAAAUACUUGCCCAGCUGUACCUCAUUUUUAGGAGGUGUGCAUGGAUGCAAUACAUGGAAACAGGACAUUCUGGAACUGCUACUCUGGGGACCACAGUGUCGCCCUGUGCACUUACAAAAUAUAAGAGGGCCAGAUUUUCAGCAGCCAAGGACAUCCAUACCCAAGUGAACAUGAUGGGACUCGAGGAAGUGAACUGAGACAAUUCACUCUGGCUGUUUGAACAGCAGCAUUUCAUAGGAAAAAAAUUAUUACAAAAAAAAAGUAAAAAAAAAAAAAAAAAAAAAAAAAAAAAACAAUCUUGUAUUUUCUGACCACGUUAAAGCUUCUUCACUUUGUAAUAAAGUAGAAAAGCUCUCCUCAA